AUGCCGACUCACCGUCCACCAUCCAAACACAAACGAGGAAGAUUGGAAGCGUUUUACAACCUUAUACCUAGAGAACAAAAACUUUUGUCAGAUAAGAUUGUUGAGAACAUUGAGCCCGAUGAAGUAGUUGUCGAGAGAGUUGAACCCAAAGAUUUGCUCAUCCUAAGAACUCAAUUACAGGAAAUCAGACCUGAAGCUCAAGGAAUAGAAGUUACUCCAUUAGAACGUGAUCCGGGACUACGUAUUCCAAUAAUGCAGCAUGAUGUUAACAAGCGUGAUGAAGUUCGAAGAGCAUAUUUGAAGUUAGGACCUUAUCAACCUAAAUUAGCUUAUCCACUCUCUAAAUUCGGAAAGAAAAAUCGUAGGUUCGAUUAUACUUGGUUCGCGAGAUAUCCUUGGUUGGAGUACUCACCUUCUAAAGAUAGUGCAUAUUUUUUUCAUUGUUUCCUCUUCGAAACAGAUCCACCAAAGCAACCAGCAUUCACUAGUAAAGGUUUCAGAAGAUGGUGCUCUGUCAAUAGUGGAUCAGAUUGUCCAUUCCUAACUCACUUGGGAAACAUUGAUUCUGGACACUCCACUUCCAAAGGGAACUCAAAUGAUUUAAACAAUCCAGCUCAAAGAAUCCGUCUCUUAAUGGAAAGAAAAGAAAAAGAAGAUGUGAAGAGAAAUAGGUUGCGUCUCAAGGCAAUAAUUGAAUGUUUAAUGUGGCUUUCUUUCCAACAAUGUGCAUUCAUAGGUCAUGAUGAGUCAAAAAGUUCAAGGAAUCGCGGGAAUUUUAUUGAGUUGUUAAAGUUUUCAGCAACACUUAAUGAAAACGUGAAGUCGGUUGUUUUGGAGAACGCUCCUGGAAAUGCCAAAUAUACCUCACCGAGUGUUCAAAAAGAGAUUUUGAGCAUUAUAUCUAAUAGAGUUAGAAGUAAGAUUCGCAAGGAAAUUGGAAAUGCUAAAUAUUGUAUACUUGUUGAUGAAUCCAGAGACGCUUCCAAGAAAGAGCAAAUGGUGAUUGUUUUAAGGUAUGUAGAUAUGUAUGGUUGUGUUCAAGAAAGGUUUUUUGACAUUCAACGUGUUGACGAUACAUGUGCAUUAACUUUGAAAAAAGGAACAACAAAAAUCCUUAAUUAUUAUGGUCUUGAAAUUGAAAAUAUGCGAGGGGAAGGGAUAUGA